UUCCUGAUGGCGUAUUUCGAGAUCAACAUAACGCCUUUGCGCUUCAAUAGCAAAUGCAUUACUUUUCCAGAAUGGAUCGCGUUGUUUACACUCUGUCUCGCACCACUGAUAGCUCACGUGGCUUCAGGAGCACCUCCGAUAUCGUAUCUCACGGACCGUCGACUCAGAUGGUACGAUCACAUUUGCAUUUACAAUCCCACAUCUAUCAUUUGGCGCUACGCUGCCAUUACGGACCGGCGAAUUCGUGCUAUGAACUGGAGUCGGCAAGACUUUGCGGCUAGUAACGCGAUAUUCUGGACCUCGAACGGAUGGGACGGUAGUGAACAAAUGACCUCUGCUACUGCGCAGUACUGCUUGCGAUAUCCGGAAACUACGCACGCAAGGCCCCUUUCGUUGACAACCCUAAAGACUGUCAUCACGACUCUGCAGGGAGUCUCAGCCCUUAUGAUUUUGAUUGGAGCCAUUUCUGGAUCCUCGAUGCUUUCAGGUCGUGUUGGAUUCGGCGUCGAUACGAUAUUCUUCCCGCUUGCGAUUUUGGGACUAUUGCGACUGUGCGCCGCCGCAUGGUUGACAGACGACUACGUUUAUCAGGAUUAUGGGCAGCGGACAAACUCUACGUGGGAGAUGACUUCGCAAAGUUCACAAAGGCUUGUCGAUAAAGAUGAUGAGAUUAAUGUCCAUGAAUCUCGCACUGGACUAGAUCCGCUACUAGUAUCGAGGUUCCAAUCCGCCGGCUUUAGGUCUCCUGGAUCCUCGUGGGGCAGCCGUAUAUUCCGCUUCUUCUUUCUGGGCAUACUUUGGGGGGUUUGGGUGUUGGCAGUUUUCUGCAUUGCACCAAGUAUCAGGGGCGGAGUGACCACCUAUACCACUACUUCUUUCUUACUCAGCUUGUAUUAUUUCCUCUUCGCUACUGUAACCGCCGCCACUUUUACAUUGUUCUUCUUCCGAGGCAAGACGACAAACACCAUAUUACCGUGCAUAUCCAGCACGUGGUACAGGCUCUACACCAUUUUAUUCACGGGCCUUAUGAUCGGCCUUAUUGUCAUUGCGAGCAUAGAAACAAAUAAGACCGUCGACGGGAGUUAUAGCAGCUGGGAACCAAUGGAGGAUCUUGGAUGUUUGGACCCUGUCAACUGGUGGUUGCUGGGGCCAUCAUCUCCAAUAAUGGGCUUUGCAUCUAGGAAGGAGUUGGACGAAAAAUGGCUGAGGCAGGAUCAAAAAAGUUUACCAGUGGCGAGCAUGAAUGGGACUAACUCGUCUGCAUCAGAGAAGUUUUGGUUGUACAAUUUCACGGGUUACUGUGUAGAACUUAUGUACUAA